AUGAUCGGCAAACUGAUGAACUCGUUCAAGCGACAAACAAUCAAUGAUAGCAAGACAAACGACGAAGAACCACCGGUUGUCACCGCUAAAAACGCUGAAGCCGAAAAACCGAAAACUCCGCUAAGGAAAAGCGCUCGGCUAAGCGCACAAAAGAGUAAUCUCCACGAUUCGGGCACUGAAUCGGAUGAUGAAGAGCUAGAAAGACUCGAGAAAGAAAAAGUCUGCGAUGAGACGGCGAAAAUCUACGGUAAUUUCUUGAAUAGCCGCUCUCCACCAACGGCUUUUCUCGGCUCACCGCCGUUCGUCUCCGAGUUGGACACGGAAAGCUGGGAUAGCACGGGUGGCGAGUCGGGGAUUACAGCCGGGUUCGAGUCGAACGAUUGCUCGCGUGAGUCAGUCGAUUGUCCAACACCACCGCAAAUCGACGAUGGAAUAAGACGGGGAGCAUUUCAGAGGACUGGUUCGUCGAAAGCGGCUUGCGAGUUCCCACCGAUGUCCAUGCAUAAUACGGGUGAGAAAAGGCGGCAUUCGAUGACAUUGACAGCACUUUGCCCGCCACAACAACAUCAACAACAAAACCAACAGCACCAUCAACAACACCAACAACACCAUCAACAACAGACAGUCGAUCCGCCGAUCGCCUCGAGACUUCGAAGCAAUUUUGAGACUCCUCGUGAGAUUGCGGUGGCGGCUCGUCGAACGCCCGUCCGUGUACUCGUCAAUCGUCAAACACCACAGAUCCUCUCCAAUCAAUCUUCGCAAAACAUCGGGAACUCUCCAUCAAAACCGAUUCCGAUCAUCGGAAAGAAAUUGCAAGAUGACGAUUUUGGUGGCUCCCUUUCUCCUCCAUCACAUCCAGCCGCGAAAAGGGGACGAACAAAUGGAUACGGUCGACCAACGCUCGAUCUUGAUAAAAUGUUGGAACACCGCUUCUCAUCCGACAAUUUCAUUCCCGCUUGCGAGGAUGAAGAGAAAAAUUGUUUAAAGGAGGAUUGGUACAUCCCGACGGCUUGUCCCCACGGAAACUCUCAGCCAAUCCCGUGCGUUCAAGAUGGAUGUCAUUUUCGUCCCGUUGAGAUCGAUCUC